AGAGCUAGAGACCUACUCAGACAGCACUACGGACUUUCUCUCCCAGCCCCGACAGGUUCUCCAAACGACCCUUUGGAUAUUGAUUCGCCUGCCUUCGAUGCCCAGGGAUAUUACACACAACUUGUAGCCGUGUCGUCCUUGCCGACGCUUUUGAAACGUAGUAAUGACUUGGCAGAAGAGAUCCGACAACUAGAAACUGAUCGCCAGGCACUAGUGUACAACCAUCACCAUGAGCUGGUGGCGGCAAGUGACACUAUUCGUGCGAUGAAGUCCCGCGCGGAAAAUGUGGAUUUAGAGCUUGAUAAACUGAGGGACGCUUUCUCUGAGAUUUCACGUAUAGGCGCAAAGCUUGCUAUUGAGAUAUCCUCUCGGGAAAAGCGC